AUAAAUAAUGUCUGUUAUGAAUCAUUAGCCAUUGAAGAAGUAAUAUGCAAGAAUAUGGAACGUUUAUAAUUAUAUUUAUUAAUACCGUCAACUUUUUCUAAAUGGAAUCGCAUUCCAAUAAUUAAUUGUACGGUCCUAUUUUUCUGUUUCUACUUAUAUUGCCCUAAAACAUGGUGAAUUACAAACAAAGAAUUUAAAGGGACAGAAGGUGAGAUGAACUGUCAAAUUCAUCGAAUUAUACAAAUACACGUCACAAGUGGCGGCGCCUAGUGUAACCUAUAAAAAAGUUGUAGGUCUGUGUUUUGGUUUUAGACUUGCGUCUUCAAAGUUAGAAAUCACUGUAAUCAUCGGUUCCAACUUUAAAGUCUGUGUUUGCGCAAUAAUACAUUGUAUGGGUGAUACGUUACUUAUAAGACUGACAGUACUGUACUGUCACUAGUUGCACAUCUGUGUGUUUUAAUCGUAUGCUACGCAUAGCCUGUGUUAGUGUGUGCGCCCAACAAACAUCGGAAAUAUUGUGUGUACUUUAAAUUUUCUUCAGUGAUUCACCACAGUCAAGCUUUGAAGCAUCUCAUACGCACUUAUAUUCGUCAUCGACAUUAUAUCAAUUUAAAAGAGACAUUCAGUAAAUUGAGUAUCAUCAUGUUUUCGAGCGGACCAAAUUAUACUAAAUUAAAAACUCAUCUCAGAUUAGCAAUCAAUCGGCUAAAAUUAUUGGAGAAAAAAAAAACCGAACUUGCCCAAAAAGCAAGAAAAGAAAUAGCUGAUUAUCUUGGUGCUGGUAAAGUUGAAAGGGCAAGAAUAAGAGUUGAACACAUUAUCAGAGAAGAUUACAUGGUUGAGGCUAUGGAGUUACUAGAAAUGUAUUGUGAUCUAUUGCUUGCUCGAUUUGGUCUUAUUCAGCAGAUGAAAACUCUAGAUGAUGGAUUAUCUGAAGCAAUAUCCACUAUUCUUUGGGCAGCUCCACGAAUGCAAACUGAUGUGCAAGAAAUGAAAGUCAUAUCUGAUAUCCUUACUGCAAAAUAUGGUAAACCCUACACUGAUGCUUGUAGAGAAGAAGCAUUACAAACCAUAUCAGAAAAAUUGAAGCACAAAAUGAGUGUACAAUCUCCAUCUAAAGUUUUGGUUGAGAAAUAUCUCAUAGAAAUAGCCAAAAUUUAUAACGUAGAGUAUGAGCCUGAUCCUCAAAUCAUGGCUGAAGGUCAAGAUACACUUUUAAUAGAUAUUACUGGUCAAACUAAUAAUUUGGAUCAAGUUAGUGGUACUGCGCCUCAACCAGCUGGAUUUAUCGGAUACCCUCAACCUCCGGUUCCUGCUAGUCUCGAUCUAGCAACUGGUGACUCUAAUCUACCAAUAGGUUUCACAGUUCCAACUUCACCAAAUCAAUCAGAGAGAGAAGAAAAUAAAUUCAAUCCUGCUGCUUUUUCAUAUAAUAUUCCUCUGGAUAAAGCAACAGGGCCUCAACCAGGACCACUCAAUCAAUUUGAUGAUGAUGCCCCACCGCCAUACUCGUUUCCACCAGAUUUGAACAAACAAUCUGAUCAAAAACCAAAGCCUCAACCUCGGUCUAAAAUGCCUAUGAAUGAUUUCAAUUUACCAGAUUUACCUGCAGUACCAACUGACAACGAUGGUCCGUCAAAUGCAGGUGGUAGUGGCAGCGGUGGAGCUAGUGGAGAAAACGACGACAUUGACUUUGACGAUUUAAUGAAACGCUUCGAAAACUUGAAAAAGCGGCAUUAAUAUGUGUCUAAUUAUAUAUUAAUUAUUUUCAGAUUCGCUUUAACAUUGAAUAUUUGAAAAAAGUAUGUUAGUUUUUCAAAAAUACCGCUUUUUUAAGAUUGUGUAUGUACGCACUUAUUUUAACGAGGUAGAUUGUGCCUUUGUAAAAAAACAUGUAAAAAUAAUGCCAAAAGAGCCGAGACUCUAUAUAAAAUUUUGAUUUUUAUAAGCUAUGUAUGUAUAUGAUAUAUUAAUGUAAGCAUAAUUGUUUCAUUCUGUACAUAAUUAUUUAUAAGAGUGUAUCAGAGGCGGACAAAAGAUAAAAUAUAACG